UACAGGCCCAGGGGUAGGCAGCGCACGCAGGUCUCUGCCGUAGCAUGGUGCCAUGUAAAAUGGUGUAAGCCAAGUUAACGUUUCUGCUCAUGCUCAGUAAGAUUCCUCGAGCCCGGAGAGCCGAGGCUCGCCCGUGGAAUAAUUGAUCCAAUCGAAAGUCGCCUCGGCUCCCGCCACGUUUUCUGCACUGACGCGAUGCUCUUUAUGUAAGCUCACUGUCGCGAUCGCGGAUCCCGCUCGUUCGCGCGACGACAAAGAGAUUCCGAGUGCCUUCGCCGACGAAUCCAUUCGACGGAACCCACUGACGAUCGCCGCGGAGAUACACAGAGACAACAAGUGUCCUCCACCCCUGCGCUACGGGCUGCAACCUGUUUAUAUUAUACUAGCAUACGAUCCGAAUGGAUUUCAACUUAUACGAUGUGCUUAUCCUUAGUGUAUACACAUUCUACCGUUAGUGGUUCUACUAUGAAGUAAGCAUCUGCCAAAUACUGGACAAUCCUUGCAAUAUUUACUAUCUAGAUAUGUAGAACCGACUGAAUCCGUGAGAGAAAAGACUCGACGAUUUUUAUGGAACCUUUUUCUUCUAUUGUUAUUGUAAAUAUAUUGAAAGCGCGGGUAGUUUGCAAGGGGUGACGCCGGUCGAUACGCUCGAGCGUCGAGAAGCCGCGCUCGAGUGGAGCCUGUUGAUACUCUGAAAUAUUAUGACCGACGCAAGAUGAACGGUAUAUUAAUAAUCCAUUUUAAUACGAGAAAUGAAAUGAUUCUAUGAUAUUACAUUCUCGGUGAUCGUUACUCAAGGUGUGUUCAGUCUUAUCCUGAAAUUCAAACGAGCUGCGGACGUGAAUUCAUCAAUAAAGCAAUGAGUUAAUUUAUGCUUGAGUAUUAUUGAUCAAACUGUUACGAAAUCAUCAAAUGACGAUGAAACAAGUUAUGAAACGUGGAUCUGCAAGCCUUUAGACAAUGAAGUCAGACCAAGAUAGAUUUAAGUGUGAAAGAGUUCAAUGAACAAUGAAUUCGUACAAUUUUCGUAGCAUGUGAUAUUUGACUGACCGAUCGCAAGAUCAGGAGACGAGACACCCUCGUAAGAUUGAGAAUGUUAAACCGGAGCGGUGUUUGAGGGAGGCAAGAAUGAUGCCUGGAUUGUGUAGUGGGGGGUGUGGCAUGAAACCAACGCGGACACUCACACACAGUCCUUUGACAGACAGCGGAGCAGAGAGCGUGGCAAGUAAGCACGUAGCACGAAAUAGCCGGCGAGUAUAGUAGGUAGAUCACGAGUACCGUGAGACGGCGCUGUCGUCGUUGCCGCGGUUGCACCGACGCCGUCGUCGCUGCCGCCACUAUCUGGCCACCACCAACAGCUGCUGGGCACCCCUCUCGGGCGCCCGUUCGGUUUAUGUUUCUGACAGAGCCGAACGAGCGGUGACAGCAGCCGACUCGAGUCGAGUCAGUGGAGUCAGUAGUCAGUCGUCAGUGCGCCGUCGUGCUGUACGUUUCGAUGCGUUGACUGUGUACAUCGCGCCGUGAUUAUUACCGUGCCGCGUGGCCGGCCAGCUGUCAAACGCCGCGAUCGACUUAUCGGCCAGCGAACGAACACCGGCCUUGCCCGAUAAUAAUAAAUUCAAAGUGUCCGCGUCUCUGUGAAGUGUUUGGAAUAACACGAAGAAAGUGGAUAAUAGAAAUCAUUCGAAGCGGUAGGAUGGGCUAAAAUGCGCAUUGUCCUGAGAACACCCCUUCGAAAGUAUCGAGUAGCAACGAGUCGUGUCGCGCUGUUCAACCUGUGCACGCGUGAACGAGGCUCUUUCGAAGGCGUUGAUCGGAAUCCGGGAAUAUGACCGAGUUAGCUAAAGAAGCUUUCGCCACGCGUAACUAUCGUCUCGCGGUGGAGAUGUACGAGCGGAGUUUGAAGCAUCAAGCGCCGAGUUUUGACGUACUAGUCGGUUAUGGUGAUUCGUUGGCCAAGUGCGGUAGGAUCCGCGAAUCCAUCGGUGUUUACUCCAAGUGUUUAUCGGUUACCUCGGUGCCACCGGAAAGGUUGAAACAUUUGGCGAAUGCGUUGUUGGACGAGAUGUCCGGCGCGGCAACGACCAGCUCUAGGAGGAAGAGCGAGACGUUAUUCGCGUGUCCUGUCUGUGACGGUACUCUCUACCAACCGGUGACCGCCAAUUGUGGUCAUACGUACUGCAAGAAUUGCGUUGAGCCCGGGAAGAGUUGUCGCGUGUGCGGGCAAAGGGUUCUUGUUGUGGGUGAGACGAAUGUGCUUGUGCAAAGACUGGUGGAAAAGUGGUGGCCGCGCGAGGCUGAGGCCAGCAGGGCGAGACAUGAGGGUGACAUUCUGAUGAAAGAGGGUCAUCUGGGUCAAGCCCUCGAGAGGUACCACCUCGCGGUUCAUCUCGCGCCAAACAGCCCACUCCAUCUUAGCAACAGGGCUCACGUUUUACUCCUGCUGAAGAGGCCUCAAGCCUCCCUCGCGGACGCCGAUCAUGCUGUUAGGCUGCGGCCAGACUGGGGCAAGGGUCAUUACAGGCGAGGAUUGGCUUUGUCAGCGCUCGGCAGAUACGAGGAUGCGCUGUUUGCCCUUUGCAUUAGCGUGGCCAUCGACAGAAAUCCUCAAGCAGUGCGUCACGAAUUGAUCAAGGUGCUGUAUAAGGUAUUAUCGUCCGGACAUCGUCGCAACAAUGCACCGUCCCGAGCUCCCUACAACCUGACGGAGGGUACGCCGAAAACGAGGAGUCGGCACCAAUUGAUGAAUCUUAAAAGGAAUCGUUGGGCACCCAUGAACGCUUCCGACUGCGAAGACAACAGCAGUGGUGGGGAGGAAGAAUUUACACAGACGGUUAGCAGAAGGCUGGUGUCAACCACGGCGUCGCAAAACAGCAACAAGUUGCAGAUCGGCCUAGAUCGUCUUUAUCAAGACAUAGAAAAAUUGAAAAGACUCGAACCAAGACCCGCGGAAAUCCUUCUUCCGCCGCUUUCGGGUGAAACGGCUGCCGAGUUGGAUUGUAUUCUGUGUUGUCGACUUUUAUGGAAACCUGUGACAACACCGUGCGGCCACACGUACUGUUGGAUGUGUUUAGAUCGCUGCUUGGACUACGCCUCGACCUGUCCUUUAUGUGUCACCUCUCUCGCCGAUUACUUGGCCAGCAGCCAGAAGACGUUGACGGACUUCGUCGAGAGGGCUUUGAAAAUGGUUGCACCGAUGGAGUACGCCUCGAGGGCGGCCAGUCAUGAAUUAGAACUCGUCCAGGGACUUGGCCUCCUGGACAGCGAGCAGAUCGCUGUAUUCGUCUGCACCACGGCGUUCCCCUGCGUCGCCUGUCCGCUUUUCGUCUACGAGCCGAGGUACAAACUGAUGGUCAGGAGAUGCGUUGAAAGCGGCGUGCGACAUUUUGGAAUUGUACCGUGCCUCAACAGGGAAGCUACCGGACCGAAAAGAUACGCGGAGUAUGGUACGAUGCUCGAAAUCCGGGAUAGAGUUCUGCUGCAGGAUGGCUGCAGCAUCCUGAGUACGGUCGGCGGAAGGAGAUUCCGGGUGCUCUCUGGUGGUGAGAGGGACGGCUACGAUACGGCUCAAGUAGAAUUCCUGAGGGACACCGUUGUACAGGAUGAUCAACUGUUGAAUCUCUCGGAACUGCACCUCAAGGUCCGAGCGAAAGGUAGAAGAUGGUGGGACACGGUACCAUCUUCCCAGCAAUUGGAAAUCCAGCGAGUGUUUGGUCGUAUGCCGAAUACGGAGGAGGACUGGGCCCAUUUGCCAGAUGGACCAUCGUGGACCUGGUGGCUGCUAGCGAUAUUACCAUUAGGCCCGCAGCUGCAGGUGGGAAUACUCGGGACGACGAGUUUGGAGAAGAGAUUGAGAGCCAUCGAGAAGACACUUGACCAUAUGAAGCAGAGACAAUUGACUGUCGCGCCGGCAACCUCCGAGGAGACCACCACGUCGUCGAGUAUAUGCCGGAACGAGGGUGGUCUGACGGACACCACAGUGUCGGUAGUUCAACAAUCUUAAAAACUAUCCAUUAUGAUAAUAAGAAAUGGUGACAACCGCUAUAGUAUGGCGGAUCGCAAAGGACUAAUUCGACUUUUACUUGACGUACAAAGUACUUGGAGAGUAGCUUAUCGAACUUUUUACUCGGUAUUAAUAUACACGCAUUAUAUCCAUAAGCGAGGCAAGUGGAACCUGUGGCUCGUUCCCUUUACAACACGCACUCGACUCCUACCCCCGACUCCCCACUUUUUCUUCUUAUACUUAACCCCGUUAGUUGCGUUUUAAACUCGAGUACUGUCUACCCUCUUCCCCGUCUCCGACCCUUUUACUCAGUACUCGUUAAACUCGUACGACCGAGCGCCUUAUCGACGAAACGAUGAUGGCACAAUCAAAUACGAGAACCAGGACUAGGAGUUACCGAUUGUCAGCUUGGCAAUAUGCCACUGUAACUUCACGGCUAUUAAAGUUCUUUACAUUUAUCAUUUCGAUUCGCGCGUUAAAUAAGUACACGAAUAUUUAAUACUUUCAUUUUUUUUCUUAUAAUUAAACUGCGAAUUUGAUAAAUUUUCUAUUAUGUUUCAUUUUGUAUAAAAAUUCGCAGUAUUAAUAAAUUAAAAUUUGUUCCUAAAUAAAAUUUGACAUUUCAUGAUCGAGACUCUGGAUUGUCUCGUUAAUUCGGUGUCGACGAAUAGAUCAAUUCGAGGAUAAAGGCAUAGGCAAUCAGAAAGGAAGAAUGAAUCGACCAAAAAAGAGUAGAUAGAGAGUCACAUAUCUGAGAGAAGAUAUUUGGAUAUUUUAUCGUUUACCUCGGUAAGGCGUGGCGGUGUUCUUCGCGGUGCGCUGUUGCAAUACGCAAAUCUGUUCUUCCAGAUGAUAAUAUUAUAUAUACAUAUAUUCUAUAUGUUAUACGUACGAUAUAUAUACAUAUAUUCUAUAUGUAUACACACAUUUGUGCAGUAUGCAUAUACACGUAUGCGUUGCAUACAGGAGGAAGCAUAUUAUACGUUGCAAUCGGAGGUACGCACGUCGUUUUACGCUUAUGUUCUCUAUGGUCGUACCCGCGCCGCAAGAAGGAAACUUUUUACCUUUAGACAUGGACGUACUACGCGGAUUUAUAUAUUGUACUGUAUACUCAUAACGACGUUUGAAACAACACGAAGAAUGAGAUUCGUUGCGUUUUGUCGCGGACACGUGCUGCUGAGUACAAAAUAUUCGAGCGGAUUGAGCACGCGAAGCUAGAAAUGCCGUUUAGCCCUUUUUCGUGCGCGGAACCAGUCUUAGCGCUCGUUCGAAUCAUUUUUAAGCUCUGGGACACAAAGAAAAUUUAUCGUAUUCUUAUAGAAGUAUUUCAAUUUCAAUUUUUCAUUUCCUUUGUCUUUUGCAUUUUUUUUUGUAAUGAAAUGUGAUACAUUGUGUUUGUUGAUUUACGAACGAUAAAAUUUCUAUUUUUAUAAAGAUAGACGAGCUGGAUUUAAAUAGAAAUUCGUUUUACUUGCACGUCAGUUUGCAAAAGUCCGCAGUCUACUGGAACUCGUAGGUAGUAACGUUCUGCUUGAAAUAAUUAAAGGACCAAGUUUAUUGACAAUGAUGUAAUGAAAUAGCAUAGUGAUAGCUUUAAAUUUAUAAAACAUCCCAACAAGAAUCAUAUUGCUUUCAAAUAGUAUCAUAAGAUCCUUUAAUUAUUUUGAAUAGUAUAUGUGUUCCCCGUACUUACCCCGAUCUUGGAAGAAUCUAAAUAUUGCUAAAACAGUUUUACCCGUCCCAGGGUGAAGAUAGUCAAGGUGGAUCGAUUGUCGAUAGCGAGAGAGGAGAAAUUGUAGGAAUUCUAUUUUCAAUCAGCUUCUCAUGAAAUCGGCCAUACUACCUAUACUUUUAGGGGAAGGGAAUGUUCAACAACGACCAGUCUACGUGGCAAAAUCCACUCAAUUUUUUAUACUGUCCGGGCUGUAUUCAGAACGCUCUAAUUAAUCUCUAAUAAACCCAAACUAUAAUUCUUCACUUCCUAUAAAAUACGAAACUAUCUACUAAUACGAAACGUGAAAUACUUUUUAACUAUUUCUGAAAUCGAUUUAAUUAUGUUGGGGAAUCUUUAAAUCUUAGAGGAGAAUUAUAUGCUUCGAGUAAUCGUCGGUACUUACAAUUAGGAAAGUGAAGAGUGAUGUAACUUUUUAAGACAUAAUUAUCGGUCCUGAAUUUUUAAUCGGAAUCAGAAAAUGAACAUCGAGAGAUUGAAAAAUAAAAGUUUAUCAUUUAUUAGCGAUGAUACAGUGUUAUGAAUACAAGCCGUUAAGUUUAUUCCGUCGCUCAUAAGACUUCUCGACUACGGUAGCAUAUAGUAAUUUAUUUUCAUGCGAUUUUUUUAAAGAUGAAAACAUCAUUUCUGAGAGACAUAGCGAUCGUCAGGAGAGCUAGGGAAUGUCAUAUCAAUCACAUAAUUAAACGUACACAAGAAGCGAGAAGAAAAGAAAAAAAUCAUUACGAAAGUUGGCUAUCCAUGAUACGAUUAUUAAACGUUAUUAUUGUUAUCUUCGUGGAUUACUAUUAUUAUUAUUGCUAUUAAGAUGCGUACUUUUACUAUGAAGAAAUACUUGUCUAUACGACUAUUCUACUUAGCUUUUAGUACAAUUGACAAUUCUACUGUAUUAUUAAACAAAAUAAUUGACUAUAAAUUGGCAAUAUUCGAGCGUGGUCUACACGUAUUUUCUCUUACUUGAGAAAUCUAAGAGAGUGAACGCUUUUUUCUCAUCACACGUUUUAUAAUCGAUAUAACGAUGACGAUAAUAAUAAUAAUAAUAAUAAUAAUAAUAAUAAUAAUAAUAAUAAUAAUAAUAAUAAAUAAUAAUAAAAAACGUUUCGUCUCCGAAAGGAAUGACCUGGUCAGAGGGCAGACGUGAUGAUAACGCUCCUGUCCAGGUAUUCUUUUAGAUUUAUAUCCUCUUCUCUAGACUUUUACGAAGUUGUGAAUCAUGCAUUGUGAUAUUACUGUCUAGCCUACCUUACUAUUGUAUAUUGUUAUAAAACGUAACGAGGAAAACAAAUAGUAUGUAACGUCACGCAACUUUCCAUUUUUACUUCGAACAUUUCUAUAUUUAUCUUCAUCUCUUCAUAUGGAAUUAUUGUAAUAAAAUAUUGAACGAAA